UAGAUGGUAAAAUAUACGGGCUCUUCGUACAUAGUGUGCUCUGCUCUUGUUGGGACCUGAUACAGUGUAGCAACUAGUGGCUUGUGACUAUGGGUGUUGGACCCUUUUCGAGUCCCGUUAGCGAUGAGAAACAAGCUGAAAUCAAAGAGCUCAUCGAGGCUGUGUUAAAGACAUUCACAUUGCAGUACACGAAGACCUAUGCUAUUGAGUUGGUCAAACAUAUUGGUGAGGAGUUAAAAGAACAACCCGAAGAAUGGCAGCUUCUCGAGAGGCCGAAGAACUCCUUCAAGAAACCACUCAAAACUGGUUAUUUGGUAAAACAAGGAGGCGUGCGCAAGAACUGGCUCAGACGCUUCUUUGUCGUUAGGCCAGACUUCAAGAUCGAGUACUACGAGGACGAAGAGACGUACAGCAAGGGAGGAAAGGCGAAAGGAAUGAUCGCGCCGUGCGGUUACUCGGUCUGUGACGAUUUGGCGAAGGAUCUUCUUGCACGUGCUCAAGACAUUGCGGAAAAAAUGGGAUUUGAUUCUCGAGACAUUCCAGGUGUGGAGAAGUAUCCAAAUUAUUGUUGGGAAAUUCAUCAUUACAGACGACGUUGCUACUUCAUUCAUGCUGCCAACCAGGAAGAGAAAGAUGAAUGGGUGAAAGUUUUCAAGAUGUGUUGCAGGCACUGUUAUGGUUUCAACAGCAAGGAUCCUGUAGCAGUAGCAGCUUUUAGAGCAGCAAUUAGGAAAACCAGAUGGGAACUCGGCCGAUGGGGCUAUUGGACAUAUGGUGGCACCGAAGAACAGGUUCUUAGUGAUCUGAUUGUGGAUGAGCUGAAUUAUACUGUGUUGAGAGACAUUUACUACAAUAUCAAGGGUCCCACUGCUGUUAGAAUGUCUAUCAGAAACAAGGUUUUGCAGGCUCUUGAUACCGUAGUGUUGUCAGCAGUGACUCCAGCAUACAAAGCAAUGGAAACAGCAGUGAAGACAUUGCGUGGAAGAGUGGAGAGUGUCAUUCGUGAUAAGAUUGAACCCUUGUUCAAAGCCAAAGAGGAAAUCAAAGAAAAAAUUAAGAGUGCAGUACUGGAGACUGUCAAUCCAAUAUUAUCUGAAAAGGUAUCUCCCCGGCUGGCUGGAAUUGUUCAAAUUUUGGCAUCCCCGAUGACGGAAGCAUUUCAGGAGACUCGCAAUGUUUUUGAUGAGAAGAUUACUCAUCUCUCGAGGAAGGUCAAGGAUAAGAAUGGGUUUGGAGAAAACCUGGAGUCGUAUUUCCAUGAUCUUGACUACGCACCGAGGAACUAUUGGGUGAUGAGAGAUGCUUUUAAAAAGGUUGAUGUGAUGGAAGAACCACUCUGGGCUCUGCGUCAGUUCUUUGAUGAGAUAUGGCCAUGGUCUCUGAUCCACGAGGCACAUGACACUCUCAGAAUGAUUCUAGAUAUGGCUAUGUAUACAUUUGAGAAACAACUGGAAGAAGAGGUUCGUGCACAAUCGAGCAUUAAGUCAAAUGGUGCUGCAGCCGAAUCUGCUGUACAAAAAGUAAAGGACGAUGUACAACAGAAAUUUGCUGCCGAUGGUAGUAAAGCAACCGUCACCUACUACAGAGAAAUCAUGAUGAAAAUUAUCAUGCCGUUCUUGCUCAAAAUAGUGACACCUUUGACUAAGCCUAUCAUUGACCCAAUCAAUGAAAUUAUUCCAGAACCGUUUCGAGAGAUUGUUGAUAUUGAAGAGGAGUUUGAGAGUGUGUUGGAAGGCAUUGUAGGUGGUGCUAUUGACAAAGUUAUUGAACAUGUGACUGUUUCAUAAGCAACAGUCUAGUGGAUUUGAAGCCUACAGAUUGCUGUUUUAUGAUCAUAUUCUUCUUGUUUGUUGCUAUUUUAUAUAUUUUGCAAUCAGUUUGUAGCUGGGAACAAUAUUGCCACACUUGCCACUCUUAAUGUUUUUAGUACACGUAUGUGCGUUGUGCGAGUUCAUGCGUUUGUGAGGUCAGGCAUUUGUAAGUCUAGACCAAUUCACCA